CCAUUGCAGGGAACCAUCACCACCUGAUCGACAUCGCACCAGACGCGAGCAUGGGCGAGGCCAGUGGCGCGACGGACGGCAGCGCGGAGCGGCUAGGGGUAGGCACGGGCGGCGGUGGUGGCGGAAACGAGAAGAAGUGGCUGCGCAAGCUCACGUCGGCUACAGUGAACACGGCGGUGCUCCGAGACCUCAUCUCGCGGACGCCCAUGCUGUGGUACCUCGGCGAGAGGACGGGGACAAUCCUCCGCCCGUGCGCCCGGCGCGAGCCCGUGGAGGCGCUGCACGCGGUGCGCGCCGUGGCCAUCGGCCCGUUCCACCGCGCUGACCGCGGCCUCCCCUUCCCCGACGACGCCAAGCUCCCGUUCAUGCGGUACCUGCAGGACCAGUGCGGCCUCGACGUGGACGGGUACGUCGAGGCGCUCUGCCUGGAGCGCGACCGCCUCCGCUGUGAGUUCGCCGACGACGGCUCGGACGGGCCCGCCGUGGAGAUUCUAGACGACGAGGCGAAGCUGCUGGAGAUGCUGCUGCUGGACAGCUGCUUCAUCCUGGUGGUGAGCUUGAUGCUCAGCAAGGCCGGCACAGGCGACGACGCCGACAGCGUGACGCGGGCGGCGUCCAUCAGCAAGGACUACUUCAUACUGAACAUGGCCGUGGCGCAGCACGCCGACGACAUCAAGCUCGACAUGCUCGUGCUCGAGAACCAGGUCCCGUUCAGAGCCAUCAAGCUUCUCGCCGCUUCGUGCCCUGGGCUCAAGCUCCGGAACUCCGUCGAGGAGCUCGUGCUCGGAUGUUUCGACGACAUCUGCCCCAAGCGCGCGCGUCGCGCCGCCUACAGCGCUGCCGCCGGCGAGUUCCACCACGUCCUGCACCUCUUCCACUGGUCCCGCGUGCCCAAGGACAAGUACUUCGUCCUCUCGACGCCACGGAAGCUCCUCAAGAUCAAGAAGGAGUCGGAGCGGCUGUUCCCCUGCUCCAUGGAGCUUCGGAGGUCAGCGGUGUGGUUCCGCGAGGCGUCGUCGAGCUGCGGCGACCUGGACAUGUGGUUCUGGCGACACCCGGCGAGCCCGGUGGCCGUGAUGACCGUCCCGUGCUUCCACGUCCACGAGUACAGCGCGGCUGUGCUCCACAACCUCCUGGCCUUCGAGAAACACUUCUACUGGGCGCACGGCGCAUGCGUGACGGCGCACGUAGCGCGGAUGGAGGGCCUGAUUCGUUGCCCACAGGACGCGGCCAUGCUCCGCAAGCGAGGGGUCCUUGCCAGCACGCGGCGCACGGACACCGAGCUGGUGGCCUUGUUCCGGGAGCUAGGUGAGGAGACCGUCGGGGCGCGGCUUCCUGACGACUACGGCGAGAUGCUUGACGCCGUAGCGGGCCACCGGGGCCGGCUUGUCAGCGGGUGGUGCGGAGGGUUCGUGCUGCACUUCUUCCCGUCGCCAUGGGUGGCCGUCUCUCUCGCCGUCGCUGCCGCGCUCAUCUUCGUGCCGUCGAUGCUGCAGACCGUCUACACCAUGUUCGGCUACUUCAAGAGCAACUGACAGGAUCAAAAUUAGGGUGCUAGAAGUAGAACCUCCUGUAACCCCUGAUGUUUUGUUAGCACAAAGUUAGAUUUAAUUUGAGACACGUGGCUUAAAAUCUGGUUCGUUAAAACUUG